AUGGACGACGACAGCCCUGAAUCCGACCCCAACGCCCUCGAGCAAGACCAAGCUGCCGAAGCCCGCACUGUGUUCGAAAGAUUCCUCGCACGCCUCUUCGCCGACCGCUUCCUCACCACCAGCCCCGCCAGCGACCCAUCGCCGCCGCAGCCUGCAAACAUCGCCCCGCCGGUUCCCUUCUUCUCUGCCUCCAGCAUCGUGCAUCCUUCCCCCCAAGAAUCUGACCGUGCGGCCGCAGCUUUCGCCGAGCACCCUGCAGACAGGCCGAUCCCGCCCGCCGCCCACAUGGGCAGCCAGCCUGACGAUGUCGUCUUCUGCGUCGAGGACACUGUCGGACUGAAAGACGAUAGAUUCAGCGUCGGCGUCGUGGACCGGUCAUUCGGCGACGUUGACAGCCAUGCGCCACGGCCGCAGCGGGACUAUGGAGAGGACAUAGAAAAGCACCAUGACAUAGCGUUGGGGGAUUUCGAGAAGUUUAUGCGGACAGGCAUCCCUCCGCGGGGCGCCGUUCUCGUCUCAUGGCAGACACAGCUGAAGACGGAGCUGAUACCGGAGUCGAAACUAGAAUUGCUCGAUCGGGCCUUGUAUGUUGGGGAUGUGGUCAAGAGGAACGCGAAAGACCCGAUGAGCGGGACCGUCAUUGGGACAAAGGCCGUGUGCACCCUCUUCCCCGCGACCAUGUUCAACGGCGGCCACCUUACGCAUGCAAUGACCGACGAUCUGUCGAUAAGAGGAGUACCCGCCGACGAACUGAUAAACGUGCACGAGUAUGUCGAGGGCGCGCUGGUCGUGUACGAGGACUGGAUUGGCCGGAUCGAGGAGGUGUACGAGGAGGUGGCGAUCAAGCUCUCCAACAACUCAGUCGUCGUAGUGGAAAACCCCGAUGACUUGGAGCACGACGACGCCAUGACCGACCGGUUAAGCGUUGGCGACACCGUCAAGACGAAGAAGGGCAACCUGCGAAGAGGCCGAUGGAGAUAUGGCGCCUUCGACCCAAACGUGCGGCCUCAUGGCAUGGUUGUUGAAACUCGGCCUCUGUUCAUCUCCGUGCACUGGCUCAGUAGGAGAAUUGGAGGCAGCACAAGUGCUUCUCAGCAUCAGGAGCCUCCCAGCCGUCUAUAUCGCGACGAGAUGGACAGCCACAACCUCUUCGUCUACGAUGCCUCGCGAUCGGCUGCCGCCACGCUCCCUGUCUCAACCGACGGCGCCGUCCGGUCAUACCAUGUAGCUGAGGUGACCGUUGGAGACCGCGUUCACUUCAAAGAUCUCACUGGAGCCGCUGUUAAAUACGACGGGACCCGGAACAUGCCCAACGGCUACCCCCAAGGUAAGCUGACAAAAGUACCGCGGACCGAGACGCUGGGCUACGACAUGAAUGUAUUUCUAGUCAUGCAGACGCAUACCCAAGUCACUGUGCAAUGGCAAGAUCUGACCAUUACCGAGGACAUGAGCCCGUCCCUGAUCCCGGAUCCGAAUGUGGAAGAUGAUGACGAGGUAUGGCCCGGGGAAAUAGUGUGCACGAAAGGGCAACGCGAGAGUACCGGCGGGGAUGUGCCCUGGACUUUCAGGCCCGCCAAGGUUGGCAUAGUACAGGCCGUGAAGUCGCGCGAUCGAAUAGCCACGGUCCGAUGGUUCGAGAACCCGUCCAUUCAGUUCCUUGAGGAAGACCUCAUUCCGCCCUCUGAAACUGGAAAGCUCUGUGACAGCACAGAAGACGUCAGUCUCUACGAUAUACGCUCUACACCCAGCCUGACACGGCGUCGUGGCGACUUUGUGCUUGUACAUCCAGAGGCAAUCGACUUCCAGGCGCUGCCUGCCAAUAUAGAAGGUCCGAGCUGGUUCGGCGAAGUCAUUGAUCUCGGAUUGGACGGCAAGAUCACCGUCCGGUUAGGCGCGGCCAAGCCCGUGGUGGAUAUUCGCGUUCCGAGCGAGCGGGUGACGCUCGCUUAUAGCAGCGAUAUGGACAGCCAGUUUUUCAGCAUGCCGGCACUUGACGGCGGAUCUGUUGAUUAUGACGACGAGGAAGACGUGUCCGACUUUGACUCCGCGUCCUUCAAUGAGAUGUGGAUAGAAUACGAGGGCAUGGAUGAACCCAUCGGUGGCAGCAAUGAAGAAGAUUGGUCCACGGAAGAAGAGGACGAGGAAAGUGACGAUGAUGAGUCCAUGCCAGACCUUGAGCCGACUGAGGAUGCUGUCACUUCAAACACUACCCCAGAAGCGUCCGAUGCCGACCGAAAAUCUCCGGUGCAGAUGGACGCCGAGCCAAGCGCACCGGACCCUCACACUCUAUCUUCGACGGCAGAAGAUGCCGUGAUGACCACACACGACUCGUCCGAGCCCAACGCGAAUGGUAUGACUUCAGAUGGCCCCUCACCAUUCAUGAUCCUGGACUCUCUCCCGCCAUCCGACCAUCACUACCUACGCCACACCGCAUCAUCGUCAUCUGUCUUUAUGCGCCGCGUCGCCAAAGAGCACAAGAUCCUCCGCGGCUCACUUCCCGCAAAUAUUUUUGUCCGGACCUGGGAAUCCCGUCUCGACCUCAUCCGGGUCCUCAUUAUUGGUCCUUCAGACACGCCGUACGAAUUCGCACCGUUUGUCAUCGAUUUCCACCUCGGGUCUUCGUACCCGCAGCAACCCCCUGAAGCGUUCUUCCAUAGCUGGACCAACGGAAACGGACCGGUCAAUCCGAACUUGUAUGAGGAUGGGAAGAUCUGUCUCAGUUUGUUGGGUACGUGGCAUGCAGACGAGCGGAACGAGAGCUGGAGCCCGUCGAAGAGCACGUUACUCCAGGUGUUGGUCUCGAUAAUGGGGCUAGUGCUCGUAAAGGAACCUUACUACAACGAAGCAGGCUACGACGUUCAUCGCGAAGCGCCGGAGACUAAGCUCAGCAGUGCGCUCUAUACCGAGCGCGCGUACUUCCGGGCCCGCGCCUUCAUCGCCCAUGCCCUCAGCAACAAUGUGUCUCCGUUCGAGGAAGACCUAGAGUAUUUGUACCGCAGUACUUCAGACACUUCACCAAAGCUCCUCGACAAGGCAAUCGAAGCCGCCAAGGACGUUCUGAAACGCAGCUCAAACGGAAGUGAAGAAGGCGAGCGCGACGGACUGCGCAAGAUCAGUCUAGGCGCUACAGUCAUGCUGAGGAGACAGCUUGAGAAGCUUGAAGGUCUAAGACUGCAGGCUCCGCAGAACCCAGCUUGAUUGUUUGAUUGUUUGUUUGUGUAAUCGCGCAUUGGAGUGGACUGCAUCGCGAGGCGUUCGAGCGUGGAGAUAAUUUCGGCUUCGCAGGAGAUGGAGCUGUGUAUUUCGAAUAGAGCAGAAAAUACUUAAUAUGUACUCAAG